AUGCCAACCACCAAGAUCUCCCCGCGCCUCCUCCCUACGCUCUUCGCCUCGCUCGCCCGCACGCCCACCUGGACCCUCCGCCGCACCCUCCAAAGCGACAAUCCCCUCGACCUCCACGGCGACCUCCACGGCGAAGCCUCCUUCCAACCCCUCCCAGCCCCGCCUUCUACCUCUACACCCACCGAAGACCCCCAAACCCAAACCCUCUACACCGAAUCCGGCUCCCUCCCCGCAACCCUCGGCCCAAACCUCCGCUGGACGAAAUCCUACAUCUGGCGUCUCAGCCCGGAAGGCCGGAUUAGCGUAUGGUUUGUCAAGGUCACCAAGGACGCAGCCACGCACCCCGAAGCCGAUUACCUGUUCCAUGAGGUGGAGUUUGAGGUGGCGGUUGACGGUGCGGAUGCUGCCAACACCGGCAGCGGCAGCGGCAGCGGCAGCAGUAACGACGAGACUUACGUGACGCCUCCUGCACCGCCGGAACUACUGUCAACGUCCAAGUCCGAGGCGGAGGCGACGGUGGUCGUCACGGCCAGGGGCAAUCAUCUCUGCAUCAAGGAUAUGUAUCGCACGGCGUAUGCGUUCCGGGUGCGGGCGGAGAGUGGGGAGGUGGUUAGCUGGGCGAGUCGGCAUGUGGUCAAGGGGCCGAGGAAGGAUCAGGAUAUUGUGAAUUUGUAUUCGGUGGGGUAG